AUAAUUAAAGACACUGCACAUAUCCGGUGUGACCGGAAGAGGUCGUCGCGCGGGGUAACCGAAACUGGUAAACACGGCAGAGGGGAUUUCUGAAGAGGCAUGAUCUGAUAUUUUACACUCCUGACAUCCAUCCAGAGGAACCUGAAAUGGCCAGCAUUGCCGAAAAAGAAGAAGCUCGGGCCGAGUUGGAGUCCGUCGAAGCCGAGUUGGAGUUGUUGGAGCUGCAGAUAUCUGAGCUCCUGGAGAAGCAGGCAUCUCUAACCUCCAGGAAAAACAAACUCCUGAAGAUUCUCGAUGGCUCCUGUGUUUCUGCUCAGCCUUCGGGGUCUGCGAAGCUGUCCAAACUCACCUUCAGCAAAAAAGACCUGCAGCACUAUGAGGAGUCAGAUUUCUCAUGGUCAAAAGAGGCAGAGGAGAAACUCGCAAAAGUGUUCAAUCUCACCAAGUUCCGACCUCUUCAGCGAGCCGCGAUCAACCUCACCUUGUCUGGAAGAGACCUCUUUUUGGUGAUGCCUACAGGCCGCGGCAAGAGCUUGUGCUACCAGCUACCAUCUGUGUGCUGUAAAGGCUUUACGCUGGUCAUAGCACCGCUGGUGUCUCUGAUGGAGGAUCAACUCAUGUAUCUGAAGUCCAUCAACGUUCCUGCUGUAACACUUAAUGCUUCAAGUUCAAAGGAGGAUUCUAAAUAUGUCAUGGCAGGUAUGAUUGAUAAAAACAGCCCGUUCAAACUGCUCUACGUCACGCCGGAGAAGAUCGCCAAGAGUAAACUGCUGAUGUCUAAGCUGGAGAAAGCGUAUAAUAUGGGUCUGCUGGAGCGCAUCGCUGUGGACGAAGUUCACUGCUGCAGUCAGUGGGGUCAUGACUUCAGACCAGAUUACAAGCUCCUGGGUAUUCUCAAACGUCAGUUCCCUAAAGUCCCACUGAUCGGUCUGACUGCCACUGCGACCAGCAGCGUUCUGAAUGACUGCCAGAAGAUCCUGUGUGUUCAGGAUCCAGUCACACUUACUGCACCAUUUAACAGGCCUAAUCUCUAUUACGAGGUUCGAUUUAAAAAUGGAGACGAGUCGACUAAAGAAAUUGCAGCUCUGAUUAAAGGAAAAUACAAGGACCAAUCAGGAAUAGUGUACGUGUUCUCACAGAAAGAUGCAGAGACUGUGUCUGCAGAGCUGCAGCAGAAGGGCGUCCUGGCUCAGCCGUACCACGCAAACAUGGAGCCUUCAAACAAGACCCUGGUGCAUCAUCAGUGGGCUAGCAAAAAGAUUCAGGUGGUCGUUGCUACGGUGGCGUUUGGAAUGGGUAUUGACAAAGCUGAUGUGCGGUUUGUUAUCCACCAUACCAUCAGCAAGUCCAUGGAGAACUACUAUCAGGAGAGUGGACGUGCAGGAAGAGAUGACCGUCCAGCAGACUGUGUCGUGUUCUAUGGAUUUGCAGAUAUUUUCAGGGUCAGCACCAUGGUUGUGAUGGAGAACACCGGCCAGCAGAAGCUUCAAAACAUGGUGGCUUAUUGUCAGAAUGUGGACAGGUGCCGGCGAGCUAUCAUGGCCAUUCACUUUGAUGAAGUUUGGGACGAUGAAGAGUGCAACAAGGCGUGUGAUGUGUGUCGUCAUGGCAAUGACUACAUUACCAUGGACAUUACCAAGCACGCACGUGAAGUGGUGGCCAUCGUAGAGUUGGCCGCAUCUCUGGACGAGAAGAUGACUCCGCUGAAGGUGUGCGAUACCUGGAUGGGGAAAGGCAGCAGCAAGGUCCGUAAAAUGGCCAAAGUCACGACCCUGUCACGCCUGGAGGUGGAAUCCAUCAUUGUUCAUCUUUUACUGAAUGGCUACUUCAGUGAAGAUUUCAGCUUCACGCCCUACACUACCUACUUUUACCUGAAAGCAGGACGUAAAGCUGGCCUACUGAAGAAUGAAAACCACACAGUAACGAUGAAGAUGAGGAGGAAAGUGCCUACACCGAGCUCAAGUAUUGACCAAUCAGAUGCUGCACCACAGGAUGAAACUCACGGAUAUGCGAAGGACAUCAAUACUGAUCAAAGUACAAAUGGAAAUGUAAUCAAAAUGACCAGCAACCAACCAAACCCAGAAAGAGAACCUUCCCAAAAUCAAAAAGAUUCUUCCCCUGAACCCCCUGAAAGCAACCAGCCGUCUGUAAUUGAAGUUUAUGUAGAAGUGAAUGUUCAGGAACAGAAAGGCAACGUCCAAAGUCAUAGCAAAACCAAUAAGCAACAAUUGGUGGCGUCUAAAAGGAGACGACAACCGUUUUCACCUUCGCCUUCCGUUUUGGCCAGCUGUCCCUCAGAGACCUCCAUCGUUUCAGCAGCAGCUCUAGAAGAACUGUCCGACCUCCGCAGCUACUACAGCGAACAGCUGAGGAGGAUAAACUACACUUCCCAUGAGCAGCUGCAGGAAUCCGGUUCAGGAAUGCUGACUUGUAUAAGAGAGCCGCUACGAAGUCUCCGGCUGCCCUCUAGUACCACGUUAGCCAAAAGUGCGAGGAAUUUGUGGACACGCGUUAGUAUGAGAAGAAAACUGAUCCAGUGAUGAACAGUUAUGGACGUUGCCUCAUUUUGAAAAUUGUUGAAAAAGACACCAAUCAGUGUUUGAUUUGUAUUAUUUUUUUUUGCUUGUUUUAUUUAUUCUGGUGUUAAAAAUGUAUAAAAAAAAUUUAAGAAAAAUAUAAAGAAUUUCUAAUGUAUGCUAGUUGAUGUCACGGUGCCAUUGAAUUCUGGGUUCUGAUUGGUUUGAAUUUUUUAUUUCUUUUUUCAUUUCAAGAGAGCAAUAAAGGGCUCGUGAGGGAAUGUUUAUGGCUGCUAUGAUGUAAGUGAUAUCAGGAGCGAUCAGGUUUCUUGGACUUGCGUUCCACAACAUCGCAAACCUUUUUUUGUUUGUUUGUUUGUUGUUUUUUUUAAUAAAUAAAAAUUGUAAUCUAUUUCAUGCAUUUGCAGUAAUGCUGUGGUAUAAAAGAAAAAUAAUCAACCUCAGGGUGACAACAGUCAUCAGACUACUUCAUCAUUGAUUAUUAUUUUUUUAAUAUUACGGCAGUUUAACAAUUACAACUUUUUAUUUAUUAAUUUAAUGCCAUGUUGCAUAUUUUUUUCCAAUUAGAUAGAUUAUGUUUAAUAUUAUAUCCUUAGCCAAACAGUUAUGUUAUCAUUUGUUGCAUUUUUUUUUUUAUGAUAAUGUUAUAGUGGAUGUUAUUGUAUGGCUCUUUUCUAUAUUUUUUUCUUCUUCUUUUCCAAAAACAGGUUUUUGCAGGGUUUUUUUUUCUUACCCUUACGGUUACUUUUGUUAUAAUGGUUCAGUGGAUUACGAUGUUUGCAUUUUGACCAGGAAUAAAAUGUCAGAGCUCA